UGUUAGAUUUACCGAUAAGAUGAAGUUAUAUAACCUCGUCGAUUUGUUAGAAGCCUUCAUUUCAUAAUGAUAAGUCCAGUUUUUGCAUUAAUUUUCGGGGUGCUGGUUUCCCAGCCAGCAUUCGGCCUACCAUCCAAGAUAACCGAUGUUGACGACUGGUGCGUCGUAACCGAGUUUGAUGAAGUGGCGAAAGCGGUGAAAAACUGCACGAACAUCAUCUUGGACAGCGUCCAGGUGCCAGGGGGUGAAACGUUGAAAUUGCACUUAAACGAGGGCACCCAACUGAUUUUUAGGGGCGAAAUUGUCUUCGGUUACGCCGUGUGGGCGGGCCCUCUAGUAGAAAUCAACGGCACCAACGUUUAUAUUGAAGGAGAAGGAGCUGUCCUGAAUGGCCAAGGCGAGUUGUACUGGGACGGCAAGGGGGAGUGGGGCUCCCUAAAACCGAAAUUUUUCACCCUGCAACUGCACAACUCCGUGAUGACGUUCAUAAACGUGUUGAAUUCGCCGGUUCAUUGCGUGCAAUUGGCCGACUCGACUGACGUUGAACUGUCAUUUUGGACGAUCGACAACUGGGCCGGAAUGCCGGAAGUGGCUGGAGCGGAUAAAUGCGGCCAUAAUACCGACGGUUUUGACAUAUGGAAUGGAACUAAUAUACGUUUGACUACCAAUAUGGUUUUUAACCAAGAUGACUGCGUGGCUAUCAGAUGCGGUAAUAAUAUUUUUGUUGACCAGAUGUCGUGCUUUGGGGGUCACGGCCUAAGCAUUUCGGUGGGUUUUAGCAACGAAUCCGUCCAACAAAACACCCUCUCCAAUGUGAUUGUCUCCGAUUCGGUGAUACAAAAUGGCGAGAAUGGUAUUCAUAUUAAAACCCACGUAGAUGGAGGGCUUGGUUCCAUCACGAAUGUCACUUAUAAGAAUAUUUUAAUUAGAGAGGUGACAAAGUAUGGCAUCAACGUUCAACAGAAUUACAGAAACCAGCCGGCCAAUUCCAGUCAACCUUCCGAUGCGAAGAAUAACAUCCCAAUAACAAAUUUGACAUUUGACAACAUCUUUGGGUUAGUGCAGGAAUCUGCCGUACCGAUAUAUAUUAACUGUGCAGAAGACGGAUGUUUUGAUUGGACGUUUAAUGACGUUAACGUCACAGGGACCAAGAGUAAUAAUUGUAACUUUCAACCAGCCGGUUUUACGUGCUAAUUAAUUUUUUUUAAAUAUAUGUUAAAAAUUCUAAAAUAAAUAUUAUUGUAAAGUAAUAA